CUUCGGGUGGGGAAAGACUGACAUGGACACACUCUUUGGCAGUGACAGACUGACACUGUGUCAAGUUUGAAGUCCAUGUCUACAGAGGGUGGCUCCCAAAAGUCACCAUGCAAGUGACAUUUCUGUGUUCUAGGCUAUUACAGCUGAUUUGAAGGUUUAAUUGCAUGUUUGAAACUAGUUCAACAAAGGGAGGCAUGUGUCAAGACAAAUCCCGGACAGACAGAGUGAUUAGUGUGAGGAUUCUCUGAAAAGUACAUCUUGUAAGAUCUGACGGAAACACUCAUUACCCUGACAUGCUGUAACCAGGACUUCACAGAGCUGGAGACGGUGUCACCAUGAAAGGCUCCAGCUCCAGAUGGGCCCUCUCCCUGGGUUUCCUGGUGGGGGCCUGCAGUGUCUACUUCUUCCCGCGCCAGAUGUGGUUUGAGAGGAGCUACCCCCUGCUGUCAGAGGCUCAGGAAAAAGCCAGCGCAGUGGGGGCGACACCUCACAGCUGGAGGAAGGAAGGAGGUGCUCUCAUCAACCUGCUCCACCCUCACCAUGCAGAUGAAGACAGCAGGGUCGCAGAUGUGCUGUAUCAGAAGGUGCGUGUCCUCUGUUGGGUGAUGACAGGGCCACAUACCCUCGAGAGUAGGGCCCGGCAUGUCAAGGCCACCUGGAGUCGUCACUGCAAUGUGGUGAUAUUCAUGAGCUCUGUGGAGGACCCCGACUUCCCCACAGUGGGCCUAGGCACCAAGGAGGGCCGGGACCAGCUCUACUGGAAGACCAUCAAGGCCUUCCAUUAUAUCUAUGAGCACCAUGCAGAUGAAGCAGAUUGGUUCCUAAAAGCAGACGAUGACACCUACGUUGUGAUGGAUAAUCUGCGCUGGAUUCUGUCUAACCACACCCCUGAGGAGCCCAUCUACUUCGGCAAACGCUUUAAGCCUUACACGAAACAAGGCUACAUGAGUGGAGGGGCGGGCUAUGUGCUGAGCAAAGAGGCCCUGAAAAGAUUCGUGGAGGGUUUUCGGACCAAAAUUUGCACCCACACCACCCCUGUGGAGGACCUGGCACUGGGGCAGUGUUUGGAGAAGAUGAAUGUCCUGGCAGGGGAUUCAAGGGAUACUCUGCAUCGAGAAACUUUUCACCCAUUUGUGCCGGAGCACCAUCUAACUGGCAAGUUCUCCAAGACCUUCUGGUACUGGAGCUAUUGUUACUACCCUAUUGUUGAGGGUCCACAGUGCUGCUCUGACCUGGCGGUGUCUUUCCAUUAUGUAGAACCGGACCUGAUGUACACACUGGAGUACUUCACCUACCACCUCAGAGCAUACGGCUACAGGGCGCGCUACCAGUCCAAUUCACGGCACUAUGAGAACCUACGCCUACUCUCACAGACAGCCGUGACAACACAACGUAAAGCUACUCUGGAGGUGAUGGAUAAGAGGAACCACACAACUUCAGCCUUAUCUUUUAGAGAAAACCAAACCAAAGCAGAGACAAAGUCAGAGACAGCGGGAAAAGACAAUUUAAAAUCUCUGCUGUUUGGAGGGAACAGGACUGCAGUCACACACGGAUGAUUGUGUGUUUCAGCAGGGGCUGAAUGUGCAUGAUUGUCCCAGAGAGGUGGUUUUUACUCUGCACUGUUUUCUCCUGUCAUGGCUUCACUGAUCACAGCAUACAUGAGCCAGUAUAAGACUGUGAGUGCUCAUACUGGGAGAAGUUUAAAAUUGAGCAGUACUCUCUGACAAACUCAAGAAAACCUUGAACUUGGUUUAGACAUAAUCAGUAUUUAGAUUUAUAACUCUAUAUCUGCAUCUGUCAAAAAUGUAAUAGGUGCAAAGGCACUGAAAUGUUUGUUUUGCAAGUUUUACAAAUUCUAGAUCUGAGCGAAUGCUGUAACAGCAGACGUGUGAAAGAUUUUUUUUUAAUUCAUAAUUUUUUUUAGCAUUGUUGUUUGUUUUUAAAGGAAAUCAGUGACAUAUCUAUGUAUAAUUUUUUUGAUCAACAGAAAAGUCACAAUGACUUAUGUCAUUAUGGACAGCAGAUGACUGUCACACUUCAAAUUAAGAAUCUUUGCCUCUUUGAUUUUUAAAGGUUUUAAUCUGUAACAAGUGUGACCUUUCUUAAGCCUUGUUUUUGUUAAUUUUCUUUGAAUGCUCUCAGUCAGUAUUGACAUUACAUUAUUAGCCAACAGAGAUUUGAGUUUGUUUUAGUUCAAAAGGAGCAGCAGCUGUUGCAGAAAAGUGUUUUCUUUUUACUUUAGAUGAUAUGAGAAUCUCUGUUUUUGAAACUCCUUGUGCUUCUGCUAAAGAUCAUUGUAGCUUUUGAUGAACACAGCAUUAUACAAAGCUCAAAUGAAUCCCUCUUGUCAAGUCACUUUAUGAAUCCCAGCAGUGAACACUGUAGCAGGUGUGCUUGAACAUUUAUCUGUCUGCACUGAAGCUGAGCUUGAAGAAUAAACAUAAAUAGCUGCAGGAAAACGGCAAGACAUUUUACAUGAAUAAAUUAUGUAUAAAAAUUA